UGCAUCAGCUGCAGGAGAGAGGUGUGGGGAGGGCUCAGGAGAGCAGCGCCAGGUGAGAGUGAUUGACACACUGGUUCCCGACUGGCUAAUCACUCUCGCCCUUUUCCCAACACAGGAGCGUGCUGGACCAGAAGAAAGGAACCACGGACAAAGACGAACAAAAAGAGACGCACGGCAGACGGCAGCAAGACGCCUGUGAUCGGCUGCAGUGUGCGUGAUUUCUGUACUAAUAAAAGAGCACUUGCAAAUGAGCUUGGGACUCGGUGUACUCUGUGCGAAAAGAACCCACAGUGGCAGUGAGCGUGUCACAUUUUGGCGCCCAACCAGCUCAGCACAGAGGCGAUGUCGGAGCCGCAGCAAGUUCAGCCAGUGAUGGCGCUGGCCCAAAUGGUGGCGGAGGUCGCCGCGAUGAGCCGGGACCAGGCGGUGGCCAGCAGGCAACAGCUCGCGGCGCUGCAGCAGCAGUCGGAGAGGCAGACGCAGCUGCUGGAGGCGAUGUUGGUCCGGGCGGGGACAACGUCACCGGGUCCCUCGCUCCCCGGCAUGACCUUGCACAGGAUGACUGGGAAUGAUGAUGCGCAGUCGUACCUGGAGAUGUUUGAGGCGACAGCGUCGGCGUGCGGCUGGCCGGAGGCAGAGUGGGCCGUGCGACUGCUUCCACUGUUAUCCGGGGACUCGCAGACUGCAGUGCUCGGCCUGCCUGCCUCCUCUCGGGGGCAGUACCAGUCCGUGAAGAGGGCUGUCCUGGACCGACUGGGGUACUCGGCCGAGGACCACCGCCGGAGGUUUCGGGGGACCAAGCUGGGGCCCGCCGACCGCCCGUUCACCUAUGCCCAGCAGCUGAGGGACGCGGCUUAUAGAUGGCUGCAACCGGGGGAGACCACGGGCGAGAGACAGCUGUUGGAGAAGAUCGUGCUGGAACAGUUCGUGGAGGGGCUGCCGGCUGGCACCCUCGAGUGGGUGCGUUGUCACCGCCCCGACGACCUGGUGGCUGCCGUCGCCCUCGCGGAAGACCAUCUGGCCGUCCACUCCCGGGGCCAGGCAUCAGAGGCGCGGCCAGCGUCCUCCGGCCGUCCCAGCCCUGCACCUCGCAGGAGACCCGCGCCCUCCGCCGCAGUACACACCCGCUCGCCCCUUCCCUGCUCCUCGCACUAACAUCCCUUCUUUUUCUCUUCCGCCACAGGGUCGAGCCACUACGGGCGCUGCUCUUAGCCCACAGAAGGUCCUUCAGGCGGCAGGGCAGGAGUGCUGGAGGUGCGGGCUGCCCGGACACUUCCGCCGCGAGUGUCCACUAAUGGAGGUCGGGCAGGUGAUCCGGGUUGUCGGCCCUCCGGCGCCCUCCCCCGGUCCAGGAGAGACGUACAGCGUUCCGGAGCGUGCUGGACCAGAAGAAAGGAACCACGGACAAAGACGGACAAAAGAGAGACCACUUAUCUCAACACCUUUGUGGACCUGGCUCUUCAGACAAAAGACCAGGUCAAAACCCUAGGAUUAACUUUAUAUUCUAAACUCAACUUUGAGGCUCAUAUCAAAACAUAACCAAAACAUAAUUUUAUCAUCUUAGAAAUAUUGCCAAAGUCAGAUCUCUCGUCAAUCAGGCUGACACAGAAAAAUCAAUUCAUGUACAUACAUGAAUAACAUACAUAUUUACACAUAUAGGUGCCUAGAUACACAGUUAAUAUAUCUGACAAGUAUAGGAGACAAAAGGUUCCUGGUGUUUACCAUUUAGCUGUCUUGAGAAGGUAAAUGGUUCUGUACUUGUAUAACGCCUUUCUAGUCUUCCGACCACUCAAAGCGCUUUACACUGCAUAUCUCAUUCACCCCAUUAACACACAUUCAUACACUGAUGGCACUGGCUACCAUGCAAGGUGCCAAGUGCUCAAUAGUUUUAGGAGCUAGGCAUUCAUACGCAUUCACACACCUUCGGGAGCAAUUUGGGGUUCAGUAUCUUGCCCGCUCUGCCUCUGAGUCACAGCCGAUACGCAACCAUCUACAUCACAAAGAAUCAAGGUGCACCUUUUCUUUCAUCUCAGUUAUCAUUUAUUCAUCCACCCAGACCCUUUCAGCUGUUAUGUCCUCUGCUGACCAGAAUACUCCCCUAGGGAGUAUAAGGCAAACCUUAUACUCAUACCUCGUACUGGCUGUUACUCCAGGCUAGUGCAUUUCUUUCCAUAGUGGACACUGAGGCUUCACUAUCAUAGCUGCAAUCGCUAGUGGGACUGUUAGGCUCUCUAAAUAGAAGAGCUGAUGGUAGUUUGGGACAAAGUGUACAGCAGUGGAAAAUCUGGCACCAUCCACAGGGAGUUAUGGGAAUGCUUGGGCAUCUGGUUAACAUGAUUGUGGCCAUACAGAUACAAGUGAUAUUAAAUUCCUCAUCUAACUCAAGAAAGUGAAUACUU